UUUUCAUUUUACCUAUAUUAAAAUCAACUUAAAGCCAUCUUCACAGAGAUACUGGAACUAUAUUUUGGAAGUGUUAUUAUUUGAAUUUUGCAAGAUAAAUUUUAUCAUCAGGAACGUAAAUAUAAAUUAUUUUUCCCUUAGGCGAGUCCGAAAAAAUUGAUGUGGGUCUUUUGAAUUUCUUAGAAUGCUCAAGGUAUCCUUGUCUCAAGGCCUUUUGUACGACCAUAUACGCAUCACGUACGCGCCAACGUAAAAUCGAGUAUAUAUAGUGAAAUUCCGGUCCCGAUCACCAACGAAAUUUCACGACCAAAACGUCUUUUACAGAGGCUCUCAUUUAUAACCAGCAGGAAUAGACAGAUAAUUUUCAAAAAAUACUAUCGCAGCGCCAUAUGGAAAAACUCGCAUACCCGGAAGAUAAGUUCAAGUGUCACAGCAAAAGAAUGAAAGCGAGAUUAUGCAUCAAUAAAAGGUGAAAGAAGAUAGUGGAAAAAAAAAUGCACGAAUUACCAAGAGUGACUCGUUCUUUGCGAGCAUUUACUGAUUUAGGGCGAAUAAAGAAAUGUGUACGUCAACAACCGGAUGAUAUUUUCAAAAAAAGGCUCGAGCAAACAGAAAUUUUAAAAAGGGGUCCAAGUUGGCAUAAUUUUUGUGCACGUGUACCAGAGGAUGUCAUGACAUUGCUCAGUAAAAUUUAUUCAUUAACGUCAAAAAUUUGCGAUGAUCAAACACCAGAAGUUAUUAAUGAAAUAAUCAUGUUUAUUUUACGAUUAUUGAUAAACGAGAAAGUAGUCAGUCAAAAGAGUUUAAAAAUUCUUCGACAAUUACUCGGUACUGUAACCAUGCAAUUUAUCAACGAAAUUAUGCAGGUAAUAAAUGCACUAAGGGUGAAUUUAACCGAAGAAGAUAUUGAUUUUCUUUUAAAUUCAGAGGAUGGAAAAAUUUCUCAAGAGGAGACAAAUAUGUUUGGUACAAAAAUUCAGUAUUAUGAAGCUAAAUCUUGUUGGCCUGAUACGGAAAAAUUACACGAUAUGUCGAAACAAAUUAAAAAUGAUCAUUUAGAAAAUUUUACAAUGACACAUGAAAAUAAUGCAAAUCAAAUUAAAAAAAUUGAGUUUGAUAAAUCAAUUUUUACAAAGGGAAUGAAAAAAUGUUACAAUAAAUAUCGAUUGGAAAUGAAUUACGAAGAAUUUAUCACAAUGAUUACGAAUAAAUUAAAAACAUCUGGAUCUUUACUUCAAAAUGAAUUAUUCGAUUUAUUGGGUUAUGAAAAUAUCGAUUUUAUUGAAUAUGUCAUUGAACAUCAAAAGACAAUUUUAGCUUAUUAUAUGAAUCAACGAGGAUCACGAGUAUUUAACAAUGAUCAACCGCAAAUAACAUCGCAAAUUAUCGUACAAUCGGAAAAGGAGAAACAAUUAUUGAAACAAGUACGUAAAGAAGAAAAAAAAUUAAUGAAAGUCGCCAGUAAAAUGGAUGGUAAAAUUGAUGACACCGAGGAAGAUAAUUUCGAUCCCGUGGAACUUCGUGCAAAAAAAAUUGAAGCACUAACGGCAAUGAGAGCUCCACUUUUUCCAGCAAAAAAAAAGUAUAAAAAUUAUGUGAUUCAGGAAAAAUAUCCAUUUGUCUUUGAUUCAAAAUUAUCAACUUCAAAUUGUCCAGGAUAUAUUUCAGGACGAAAAAUAAUGCUUCCGGCAAAUGUAAAACGACAAGAUUCUGAAUUAUGUGAAGAAGUUAGUAUACCAAUUCCACCUUUAGAACCACUCGAUGUUGGAAAUGAUCCAGUUUUAGUUACUUCUUUAGAUGAGAUUGGUCAAAUGGCAUUUCAAGGGAUAAAAUCUCUAAAUCGGAUACAAAGUAUCGUUUUUGAUGCCGCUUAUCACACUAAUGAAAAUUUAUUAAUUUGUGCGCCAACAGGAGCGGGUAAAACAAAUAUUGCCAUGCUCACAGUGGUGCAUCAAUUAAAAUUACAUAUCGAAGAUGGAGUAUUACAAAGGAAUGCUUUUAAAAUAAUUUAUAUUGCCCCAAUGAAAGCUUUAGCUGCCGAAAUGACAGCCAACUUUAGUAAAAAACUGGAAUGCUUAGGUGUGACGGUGAGAGAAUUAACUGGCGAUAUGCAAUUGACAAAAAGUGAAAUUAUGCAAACACAAAUGAUUGUAACAACACCGGAAAAAUGGGAUGUUGUUUCAAGAAAAGGAACUGGCGAUAUUGCAUUGACGAGUAUUGUAAAAUUAUUAAUUAUCGAUGAAGUUCAUUUACUUCACGGUGAUCGUGGACCAGUUGUCGAGGCAGUUGUCGCUCGCACUUUGAGACAGAUAGAAUCUUCGCAAAAUAUGAUUCGAAUUGUUGGUCUCUCGGCAACGUUACCAAAUUAUGUGGAUGUCGCACGUUUUUUAAGGGUCAAUCCAUACAAGGGAUUAUUUUAUUUUGAUUAUCGAUUUCGACCUGUUCCAUUGAGUCAAACUUUCUAUGGCGUUAAGGCCGUUAAACCAUUGCAACAAUUGGAUGACAUGAACACCGUUUGUUAUAAUGAGGUCGUUAAUAUGGUUAGCAAAGGUCAUCAGGUCAUGGUGUUUGUACACGCAAGAAAUGCGACAAUACGCACAGCAAAUGUACUAAAAGAAAAAGCUCUCGAGAAAGGUACACAACAAUUGUUUGCUCCCGAUGGAAAUCGAACGAAAUUGAAUCAGAAAAUAUUUGGAAAAGCUCACAAUAAACAUCUCGAUGAACUAUUUACAUAUGGAUUUUCAGUUCAUCACGCUGGCAUGUUACGUAGUGAUAGAAAUUUGGUUGAACGUCUUUUUUCUGAGGGAGCGAUUAAAGUUCUCGUUUGUACUUCAACAUUAGCUUGGGGAGUAAAUUUGCCAGCACAUGCGGUUAUUAUUAAAGGAACGGAGAUUUAUGAUUCAAAGCAUGGAUCGUUUGUCGAUUUGGGAAUUUUGGAUGUAUUACAAAUUUUCGGCCGAGCUGGAAGACCACAAUUUGAUACAUCAGGACACGCGACUAUUAUUACAUCUCAUUGUAAAUUAAAUCAUUAUCUUUCAUUGUUAACCAAUCAAUUUCCAAUUGAGAGUAGUUUUAUUAAUCAUUUGGCGGAUAAUUUAAAUGCCGAGAUUUCUUUGGGAACAAUAUCAAACGUUGAGGAGGCAGUUGAAUGGUUAAGUUAUACGUAUCUUUUUGUACGAAUGAGACUCAAUCAUCAUGAAUAUGGAAUCGAUGAGAAAACUCUAAUUGAUGAUCCACUUUUAGAACGAAAACGAAGGGAACUUAUUGAUUCUUCUGCGAAAGCUUUGGAUAAAGCGAGAAUGAUUCGUUAUAAUACUCGUACUGGUGAUCUUAAUUCAACAGAUUUGGGCCGCACAUCAAGUAAUUAUUACCUCAAGUAUUAUACAGUUGAAAUGUUCAAUGAAAUUAGAAAACCAAUAAUGACUGAAGCCGACGUUCUUGGAAUGAUUUCUCGCUCUCACGAAUUCGAACAAUUAAAAGUGAGAGAUGACGAGAUGGACGAAUUAGAUGAAUUGCAUUCAAAUUACUGCGAAGUUGUCGCUCAAGGAGGAGUUGAAAAUAUACAUGGAAAAGUUAAUGUAUUAAUUCAAACCUAUUUAUCACGAGGACGAAUAAAAUCGUUUUCAUUAAUUUCUGAUCAAGCAUAUAUAACACAGAAUGCAGUGCGAAUUUGUAGAGCUUUAUUUGAAAUUGAAUUGCGUAAUUCAAAUGCAAUUAUGGCUGGCCGGAUACUUAGUAUUGCAAAAAUGUUGGAAUUACAACAAUGGGAUCACAUGAGUCCUUUACGGCAAUUUUUCUGCUUACCAAUUGAAGCAAUUGAAAGAAUAGAAAUGCGAAAUCUUUCAGUGGAAAAUUUAAAAGAAAUGGACGUCAAAGAAAUUGGAAGUAUGUUGCGAAAUCACAAAGUGGCUGAAUUAGUAAAAAAAUGUUGUAACGAAUUUCCUGAACUUGAGGUGGAAGAUAAUUUACAGCCAAUUACACGUUCAGUAUUAAGAAUUCGUUUAAAAAUUUUUCCACGUUUUCGAUGGAACGAUCGUGUACAUGGAAAAAGUUGGGAAGCAUUUUGGUUGUGGAUAGAAGAUCCAGAUAAUAAUGAAAUUCAUCAUUAUGAAUAUUUUAUGAUGCCUAGAAAAAAUGUUUAUAAUAAUUUAGAACAAGAAUUAGUGAUGACUAUUCCAUUAACUGAACCACUUCCAUCGCAAUAUUUAGUGAAAAUAGUGAGUGAUCGUUGGCUUGGCUGUGAAGUUAUUCAUCCACUAUCAUUUAAAAAUCUUAUUCUACCUGAAACUCAUCCACCACAUACUGAUCUCUUAGAAUUACAACCAUUGCCAGUAUCAGCGUUAAAGGAUUCUCGUUUUGAAAAAUUGUACAAAUUCACACACUUUAAUCCAAUACAAACGCAAAUUUUUCACUGUCUCUAUCAUUCGGAUAAGAAUGUUCUUCUUGGAGCUCCAACGGGUUCGGGAAAGACAAUUGCAGCAGAAAUUGCAAUGUUUCGAUUAUUUAAACAAUAUCCAGAGCAAAAAAUUGUGUACAUAGCGCCUUUGAAAGCACUAGUUCGUGAACGAAUGAAAGAUUGGAAAAUUCGAUUAGAACAAAAAUUGGGAAAAACUGUUGUUGAAUUAACAGGCGAUGUAUCGCCGGAUAUUAAAGUGAUUUCAAGUGCAAAUGUUAUUGUAACAACACCGGAGAAAUGGGAUGGUAUAAGUAGAAGUUGGCAAACGCGAAAUUAUGUACGUAAAGUUGGUUUAAUUAUCAUUGAUGAAAUACAUCUUUUGGGUGAGGAUCGUGGUCCUGUUUUAGAAGUGAUUGUUUCGCGUACAAAUUUUAUUGCCUCGCAUACAACGCGUACAUUGAGAAUUAUUGGUCUUUCAACUGCUUUAGCAAAUGCUGUCGAUUUAGCCGAUUGGCUCGGUAUCAGUAAAAUGGGACUUUAUAAUUUUCGACCAUCAGUGAGACCGGUUCCAUUAGAUGUUCAUAUUAGUGGAUUUCCAGGAAAACAUUAUUGUCCAAGAAUGGCGACAAUGAAUCGUCCUACAUUCCAGGCAAUUCGUCAACAUGCGCCAUGUAGUCCUUCGUUGGUUUUUGUUUCAUCGAGAAGACAAACAAGAUUAACGGCUUUAGAUUUGAUUGCAUAUUUAGCGGCUGAGGAUAAUCCAAAACAAUGGCUGCAUAUGCCCGAUGAGGAAAUGGACAAUAUUUUAGCGAAUGUCAAAGAUGGAAAUUUAAAAUUAACAUUAGCUUUUGGAAUUGGUUUACAUCAUGCUGGUUUGCAAGAUCGUGAUCGAUCAACUGUUGAGGAAUUGUUUGUUAACAAUAAAAUACAGGUACUGAUAACAACAGCAACUUUGGCAUGGGGUGUAAAUUUUCCAGCUCAUUUGGUUGUUAUCAAAGGAACGGAAUAUUAUGAUGGUAAAGCAAAACGUUAUGUGGAUAUGCCAAUCACUGAUGUUCUACAAAUGAUGGGUAGAGCUGGACGACCACAAUUUGAUGAUUCAGGAGUUGCUGUUGUUCUUGUUCACGAUGUGAAAAAGAAUUUUUAUAAAAAAUUUUUAUACGAUCCAUUUCCAGUUGAGAGUAGUUUAUUGGAAGUUUUACCCGAUCAUGUGAAUGCUGAAAUAGUUGCUGGGACGAUAAAAAAUAAACAGGAAUUCUUGGAUUAUAUAACGUGGACAUAUUUUUUUCGAAGACUCAUGAAAAAUCCACGAUAUUACGAUUUAGAUGCAUUGGAGCCGGAAAAUGUUAAUAGAUUUCUUUCGCGAUUAGUUGAAGGUACUUUGAAAGUAUUGACUGAUUCGCAUUGCGCUGCUUAUGACGAUGAUGAACAGGGUUUAAUUCCUCUUCCCAUGGGAAAAAUAGCUUCGUUUUAUUAUUUAUCGCAUCAAACGACUUUAAUGUUUAAAGAGGAAUUGAAAGAUAAUCUCUCUGUGGAACAAUAUCUUCGAAUAAUGUGCAAUUCUCAUGAAUAUGAUGAAUUACCAGUGAGACACAAUGAAGAUUUACUUAAUGAGGAGCUGGCAAAAAUGUGUAGAUAUCAAGUCGAUCGUCUCACAUACGAUUCUCCAAAUACAAAAACAUUUUUAUUAAUGCAAGUACAUUUUUCGAGAUUACCUGUACCUUGCUCUGAUUAUACAACUGAUUUGAAAUCUGUUCUUGAUCAAUCAAUAAGAAUUUUACAAGCAAUGAUUGAUGUGGUCGCUGAGAAUGGUUGGUUAAUUGCAACUUUAAGAUUAACGCAAUUAAUGCAAAUGGUAAUUCAAGCCCGAUGGAUUGAUGAACCAGCUGUUUUAACAUUACCGCACAUAAAUAGAGAACAUCUCUUUCUUUUUUCAUCAAUUCCUAAAUGUCUUCCAGAACUUUGUGCAAAAAUGUACGAUAAUUAUAGUCAAUUUUCUAAUAUAUUCUUAAAAGAAUUUCCAGAACGCGAAGUCUAUGAGAUACACCAAGUUAUGCGUCAAAUGCCAAUAUUAUGUUUAGAAUUAUCACUUACCGAAUCUGAUGAGGAAGAGACAAAUAAAAAAAUUAUUAGUCUUUCAUCGCAAUCUAAUAAAAUUAUUGAUAUUUAUGAAAAUCGUGAUUAUACAUUGACUGUAACAAUGAGAAGAAAAAAUCACGCCUCAAAUUUAAAAGUUCAUUCGCCUUGUUUUUUGCGAGGAAAAGAUGAGGGAUGGUUUUUAAUAUUAGGUGAUGUUAAUCAAAGAGAUUUGUGGGCAUUGAAAAGAGUUUCAGGAAUCAAUGGACCACGACGAAAUAAUCAAUUACAAUUUACAUCACCCUCAAAAUCAGGUCGUUUAAUUUUAACUCUUUAUAUAAUGUCAGAUUGUUAUGUUGGUUUGGAUCAACAAUACGAUAUAAAUAUAAAUGUAAUUUCAGAAAGAUAGCAUUUUUCAAAAUAGUAAAUUUUUAUUGUUUUAACUUAUAUAAUAUAUAAGUAGUCAACAAAAAUUGUUUAAAAAGAAAAUUUUCUGAUAAUAUAUUAUUUAUGUGAUUUUACUUUACAAUAAAAUGUCAAAGGUUUAUAAAAAUUUAU